UUACAACCAACAACACAACAUUCAGCAUUAUAUAUUUUUCCACGUUGCGAGCUUUUAUUUCAUGAAUCAAAAAUAGAGGAGAAAAAUCAGUGGCCCAACACAACAAGAGUGACAAUACACUACAACUGUUACACUCAUCUGGAGGAGGAGAAAUAUUGCAGUAAAGUUGUGAAAACUAGAGAGACUUCAAUGGCAGAGGAAUGGAAAGACAAAGUCAUCCAAGAGAAGCUGGGUGGGAAGAAAGACUGGACUGACGAAGAACGUGCCGAACUCUGCAAACAGCUUGAUGAAGAGCUCGAAAGUCACAUCGAUGCUAUGGGCAAGACUAGGUAUAAAGGAGGAUGGACUGAGGAAAACUGGAAGGAACAAAUGGCAGAGCAUCCGCUGUUUGCUCCAUACAUUCAGGAAGAGGGAGCCACCCAGGCUGAGGCACCUAUUAAUCCACUAAGUGAGGGCCUGGCACAGCUUAAGUUUGACCCAGACCACAACACUCCAGAAGAGGUUGCUCAAAACUACAAGGAGGAAGGUGUUCUGCAGUUUAAAUAUAAGAAAUAUCGACUCGCUGUUGCAAAUUUCUCAGAAGGUCUGAAACAGAAGUGUUCAGACCAUGAUCUUAACGCCCAGCUUCACAAUAAUCGGGCAGCUGCACACUGCCAUUUAGGUAAUUAUCGAUCAGCAAUCAAAGACUGUGAGAAAGCUGUUGAAUUAAAGACAGACUACCUGAAAGCUGUUGUCAGGGCUGUUGACUGUGCUACAAAAUUAAAUUCAUGGGAUGAAGUCUUCCACUGGUGUGAUCGAGGCCUCAGACUUGAUCCAACAAAUCAGAAGUUGAAGACUGACCGAUUAACUGCCCUCAAGGAAAAGAAAUUACUGGAGAGAAAUGCUCGGAAAAUGGCUCGGGAUGAAAAUAAGAAAGCGACCGAAGAACAAAAUCUCAUAAAUGCCAUCAAGAAUAGUGGUGUUCAGCUUGGCAGCACAGUUUUGAAAGGUUCCUCAUCCAUUUCUCUGUCAGACCUUGAACCCUGUCAUCCUGCAGCACAGGGUUCUCGUGUGCAUUUUAAUGAGAGUGGAGAGUUAGUGUGGCCAGUGAUGCUCCUGUAUCCAGAACAUCAUGAGACCGAUAUUAUUCAAGAGUUUCCAGAAAGUGAUCAUAUCAUAGAUCACCUUGAGGUUAUUUUUGGAAAGGAAGCAGCACCAGCACCAUGGGACACUGAACACAAAUAUCAAGUUAAUAACCUGCAUGUGUUCUUUGAAGACAAAGAAAAAACUAAACUCUGUAAAGUUGACCCAAAUCAGACUCUACAGCAAGUGCUGAGGGACCCCAGAUAUCACGUCUUGGGCGGCACUCCAGGUUUCAUCAUUCUUGUUGAAGGCAGCAGGUUCAUGAAGGAUUUUGUGUCAAAAUAUAGCAUUUAAAAUUCUGUGGAUUUUUCGAUGAAUCUUGUAGCUCCUCUCAGUUGCUACCAUUUAAUUCCCUGUAAAUAAAAUAUUUUGUUUGUAAUACUAUUACAUGGUUGAUUUGGUAAAGAGACAAGCAGCAUUCAAAUUCAAAGUUUAUUCUCUAUAAGGAUUACAAUGCUGAGUUUACAGAAUUUGGUUAUUGUGUGGUUUACAUGUAGUAAAAUAAUAACUACAGAGUGUACCACUAGAACACCUAGCAUGGCUAGGCAUUUCGGGCAGACUUAAAUUAAAUCUUAAGUUUAAAAUAUUACAAAAUUAUGAGGUAAGUUGGUAUUAUGGCUAAGUGACUAAAUACUAGUUUGUGAGUUUAGCAAUGUAAAUGCUUUUGUUUUGGCACUAUACAUAGUUUCAGUAUUGGAGUAUCACAGGCCAACUUAUGACUAGUUAAGAUUCAUUAUUUUGAGAUUGAGAUUGAUAUUUCUGUUUAUGGUCAAAUGGGCGAGUGAGUGUGUUAACCACCAGGUGGUAUUCGUGUAAUUAGUUGACAGGGUGUAUCAGGGAGAUAAGAUGUUUUCUGAUGGUAGUUUUGAAGGUGGUGAAUGUGUCUGCAGUUUUAGAAUUUUCAGGUAAGGUGUUCCAGAUUUUAGGGCCUUUGACAUACAUUGAAUUUUUGUAAAGGUUUAGUCGGACACGGGGAAUGUCAGACAUACAUUGAAUUUUUGUAAAAGUUUAGUCGGAAACGGGGAAUGUCCAAGAUGUUUGUGUCUGGUGUUGUGCCUGUGGGUUCUGUCACAACUAUCAAGAAAGCGUUUUAGGUCAAGGUUAAUAUUGGAAUUUAAGGUCCUGUAGAUGUCGAUUGCACAGUAGUAAGUGUGGAUGUACUGAAGAGGGAGUAAGUUUAGAUCUAUGAAGGUGGGGGGGGGGUGUGUUGCCAGGGAUGGGAUUUAGUGAUUAUUCUUACUGCAGCUUUUUGUUGGGUUAUUAUUGGCUUUAGGUGUGUUGCUGCAGUUGAACCCCAAGCACAGAUAGCAUAGGUGAGGUAUGGAUAUACAAGUGAAUGGUAUAGUGUGAGAAGGGCAGUUAGCGGCACGUAGUAUCACAUCUUGGAGAGGAUCCCAACCGUUUUGGAUACUUUUUUGGUUGUGUUGGAUAUGGGUGCUGAAGUUCAGGUUGUUGUCGAGGUAUAGGCCUAGGAAUUUGCUCUCAUUAUGCCUGGCAAUUAGAGUGUUGUCGAUCUUAAUGUUAAUUUGCGCAUCUCCUGCUCUGCUACCAAACAUAAUGUAGUAGGUUUUGUCAGUGUUAAGCGUAAGUUUAUUGGCUGUCAUCCAAGUCGAUAUUUUGAUCAGCUCCUCAUUAACAAUGGUGUCGAGGGUGGCAAGAUUAGGGUGAGAGAUGACAUAAGUUGUGUCGUCAGUAAAGAGAAUGGGGGUUCAGGUGUUGAGAUACGUUUGGAAGAUCAUUGAUGUAUAUGAGGGAGCAGGGGACCAAGGACACUUCCCUGCAGAACUCCAGUAUCAAGUGGCUGUGUUGUUGCCUGGCUAGUUUUGCCUGGUCAGCAGGCAUUAUCAAGUUUGAUGGAUUAUACUUUGUGGCAGCACAUGGUCAGGUGUAAAUUAAGGUAAUAACUGUAGUAUUAGCUUGUCUCUGGCAAGACAGAGUAAUGAAAGUGUCUCCUUGUUUGCAUCACCCUGCCUUGGUGGCAAACAGCUGUGUUAAUAUUUGAAGAGAAGAACUGCGGUAGGCUUGCUGGCAGCGGGUGGUAAGUCUCGGUGUUAACAGGUUCGCUAUCUAUAUAGCUCAAGGUUUUGCCUCUUGAAAGCUUCCUUGGUUCUGAAAUUUUAAGUUUUUGUAAGUCACACAAAUUAUUUUGUAUGCAGUUAAAGAUAAAGGCUUUUAAAGUGAAUUUGAUAAUGGUAUACAAUAUUGAGAAGUUGAUAAGAUGUGUAACAGUUAGGUAUCUUUAUUCUGAAAUGCUUUGCCUACACAGGCUUCUUCAGUCAAGUACAGAGGCGGCAGCAGAAGCAAGAGAGAUGUAAAGAUGAUGUAAUCAAUGAAGAAAUGGUAUACAGGUCUCCCUCAACAUUUGCGAGGGUUAGGGGAUCAAGAGCAUCGCAAAUGUUUGGUGCCCCAAUAUAUUGUAGGGAAAUACAAUACUGCUUCCUUAACUUGUUGAACCAUGAACAAUCGUAAAAUACACGAAAAUGUCGUAAAAUAUUGUACUAAAUACAUACACGUUAUGGUUUAAUAACAUGUUAUUAAAUACCACUGCCUCAACCACUGCAGAGCACUGCUCGUAUUUUGGUACAAUUUCUUUCUUCAAUUCCAUCGUGUUUCUCAAUAUCUUUACCAAAGGGCUGGCACUAGCAAGUUUCUUUGGGCCCAUGGUUAAUUAUGUGGCAGUCGCAUUCAAUCUACGAGCACCAAACACAAUGAAUUAUUGUGAAAUGUUUGGAAGAGCGUAGAGACUAAUGCUCACUUCAGCAUAAACAAAGCCACAUGUGUCUAAUUUAUCAUAAACAAAGGCACACUGACUGACGAUGCCUCAACCACUUCCUCCACCACUGCUUCAACCCUCGUAUUUUUGUAUAAUUUCCUUCUUCAAUUCUAUCGUAUUAUUAUUAUUAAUACGAUAGAAUUGAAGAAGGAAAUACAGUGGACCCCCGGUUAACGAUAUUUUUUCAUUCCAGAAGUAUGUUCGAGUGCCAGUACUGACCGAAUUUGUUCCCAUAAGGAAUAUUGUGAAGUAGAUUAGUCCAUUUCAGAUCCCCAAACAUACACUUACAUAAAUACACUUACAUAAUUGGUCGCAUUGGGAGGUGAUCGUUAAGCGGGGGUCCACUGUAGUACAAAAAUACGAGGGUUGAAGCAGUGGUGGAAGAAGUGGUUGAUGUAUCGUCAGUGUGGCUUUGUUUAUGCUGGAGUGAGCAUUAGUCUCCACACUCUUCCAAACAUUUCACAGUAAUUCAUUGUGUUUGGCGCUUGUAGAUUGAGUGCGACUGGAGUAGUAGAGGCAUUGGUAGAGGCAGUGGUUGAGGCAGUGGUAGAGACAGUGGUUGAGGCAGUGGUAGAGACAGUGGUUGAGGCAGUGGUAGAGGCAGUGGUUUUUAAUAACAAUAAUAAUAAUACAUGUUGUUAAUAAUAACAUGUAUUAUUAUUAACAACAUAUAUCUUAUUAAAUACCACUGCCUAAACUGCUGCCUCAACCACUCCAGUCGCACUCAAUCUACAAGCACCAAACACAAUGAAUUACUGUGAAAUGUUUUGAAGUGUGGAGACUAAUGCUCACUCCAGCAUAAACAAAGGCGCACUGAAUGACGAUGCAUCAACCACUUCUUCCACCACUGCUUCAACCCUCGUAAUUUUGUACAAUUUCCUUCAAUUCUAUCAUAUUAUUAUUAUUAGCAGUAGCAGAAAUGUUUGAUUCUUUGCCGUGUUCAAGAGGGAGGGCAGUAGGGACUCGCGGGUGGCGGAAAACUUAAAUAUGAUUUGGCGGUUGGGAAUUUGCGAAUGUGUGAAGCCCGCGAAUGUUGAGGGAGACCUGUAUAGCGAUACCGACAAGAUGUGGAAAAAAGACACUUACGUACAGUUCAGGACAUUUAUUAAAGGAAACUUUUUACUGCGAAUGACUUCUUCUGUCCUAAUACAGAGAAAUCUAAGAAAACGAGUAUAUAUGUAUAUAUACAUGUAUAUAUAAUGGCAGGAGUCAGGUGGAGUGUUGUGUGGGUAGAGGUAGUAGUGGUAGUAGUAGUACUAAUGAAACUAAUGUAGUGAGAUGGGAGGGUAGAGAGGGACCUGUUGAUAUGUUAUAGCAGUCUCCAGAAUGGGUAAUAUCCUGUUGAUUAGCAAUUUUGAGAUACUGUAACAACUGGACUUUUGAUAGACAGUAUUACUGACAGCAAUCAGGGCAGCUUCUGUGUAUUUUGUCUGUCAUAAAUCAUCUUCUUUAGUCACUAGUUGAGCCUCACUGAAUUUCGUGGUGUCCAACAUCGUCCCUAUGUUGCACACGGCAUCUUUACGGUCAUCAUUUCAGCAAGCAUUUUUGUGUUUGUGAUCCUAAUGACCAGAGAUCUGGCUGAACACAAAAAUUCUUGCAGAAAUGAUAACUGUAAAAACACGUGUGUUCAACAUAGGGACGAUGUUGGACACCUCAUGAAAUUCAGUGAGGCUAAACUAGUGAUUAAAGAAAACGAUUUAUGACAGAGAAAAUGCAUAGAAGCUGCCAUAAUUGCUGUCAGCAAUACUAUCCAUCAAAAGUCCAGUAGUUACAGUAUCUCAAAAUUGCUAAUCAACAGGAUAUUACCCAUUCUGAAGCCUGCUGUAACAUGAUAUCAACAGGUCCCUCUCUACCCACCCAUCUCACCACAUUAGUUCAACUACUGCCUCUACUCAUGCGACACUUCACCAAACUCCUGCCACUAUACGUAUAUAUAAACUUAUUUUCUUAGUUUUCUCUGUAUUAAGACUGAAAAAGCCACUCGUGGCGUAAAGUUUCCUUUAAUAAAUAUCCUGAGUUGUAUAGCCCUUGUGGCUUAGCGCUUCUUUUUUAUUAUAAUAAUAAAUGUCCUGAACUGUCCAUAAGUGUCUUUUUCCACACGAUAUGAUCAAUCCAUCACCCUUGAAGACAUAGUUUUGAGGUGGUCAGGCCCUCAACCUGGAGAAGAGUUUUGCUGCAUAGUCUGGAAUAAUGUGAAGCUGAAGCAACAGUACGGAGACGUACUGUCAAAGGUGAGGCGCGGGUAAUCUUGAUGGCAGGAGAGGCAGAGCCCGCUAGUAUUAGUAAGAAUGUAAUCGUUGAGAGGGCAGAUCCCUCUUAAAUCCAUCCCUGUCCUCUCAUUGAUUACAUUUUUACUUCUACUAGUGGGCUCCGCCUCUUGUCAAGAUCAUCUGCGCCUCACCUUUGACAGUACAUACACCAGUCUCCAUAAUGUUGUUUCAGCUUUGUAUUGUUCCAGACUAUGGAGCAAACCUCUUUUCCAGGCUGAGGGAUUGGCCACUUCGUAACGUCUUCAAGGGUGAUGGACGGAUUAUAUUGUCUUUAUGUCUGUUCUGCCUCCUUUGUACUUGACUGAUGACUACUGUGUAGGUGAAACAUUUCAGAAUAAGGAUACCUAACUGUUGCACAUAUGUCUUUUAAACAGUCUUAUUUAAAUGGAAAAGUUUAUUCCAUUAAAUUUUAAAUUUGUCAAUGCUUAUAUUUUCCUUUUCAUUUUUUGAGAUGUAUAAAGCUAAUUAAAUUAACAUUUAGCUAUUGAUACUUGUUCAUCUAUCAAAACUUUGGGGCCCAGUUCCUGGACCCAUUAUGUACCUCUGUAAUCUUUUUGACUACCACCCACAGGAUGGGUAUGGGGCGCAUAAUAAAGAUACUGAACUAACAUUUAGCUAUGGACAUUUCAGCAGCAAUUAGUAUAUUAAAUUUUUCUAAGCAAGUAUAGUUGAACCCUAGGAUUCACAUAGGUUGGUUUGUGAAUGUAACAUGAAUUCCGAGACUAAAUAAUUGGAAAUGUUGCAUGUUGAAUAUAUUUAAUUUUUUAGACUAUGUAAUUUACAUGUACAUGUAUGUAGGUAAAUUUCAUUUUUUUUUUUUUUUUUUUUUUGACAUUUCUGUUUCUGCUUAAAUGUUUAGUAUUGAACUUUGUAAGAAAGCAUAUUUUGAAUGAAAUCUCAUUGUCAGUUUACAGUUUAGGCAGUGUGUACCAAGCAACAACGAAAAAACAACUAUUUGAAACUAUCAUACAAAAGGCCUACUGUAAGUAGAAACAUUGUUUGAACAUAUCACAUGAGUUAUCAAGCUCAAGAAGUUUGACUGUACAGUAAAAGUUUACUUGUCUCUUAAGAAUUAGUUCAGUUUACACAUUUAUGUCAGAAUUUUUGCCAAACUAAAGAAAAUGAACCGUUUAAGAAGCAUUUAAAACUAUACAUGUACUGCACUUCUAAAUACUGUGUAAUAUUAUUCUACCUUUAAUGGUAUGUUACUUUGUUGAAUACUGUGUAUUCUUGUUUUUCAACACACCAGCCUCAUCCCACCAAGGCAGGGUGGCUUAAACAGAAAAUGAAAUUUUUUCUUUUUGCAUUUAAUAAUGUAUACAGGAGAAGAGGUUACUUGCCACUUGCUCCCGGCAUUUUAGUCGCCUCUUAUGACAGGCAUGACUUACAGAGGAAUAAUUCUUUUCCACUUUCCCAUGAAGAUUAUUAUUUUACUCUUAAUAAAAAAUAUUAUUUUUGAGUUUUGUGCAAUAAAUUAUUCUACCCUUAAUAAAAAUGUUAUUUCA